UGUGCCACGUUGAUGUACAUCAGUGGAGACGUGGAAUCAGUCUAUCCGCAGCCGGGACAAACCUCCAACACAAACACGGAUUUUAUAAAGUUAUAUCGUUAAUUCACUUAACACACGAGUUUAUGCGUGGACGAGACAUUGCUUGAGUGGUGGAAGCACGAAAAGUUAAGGAUGAAGCUAAAAGAAAUCAACCGAACAGCCAUUCAAGCAUGGAGUCCAGUGCAGCAACACCCUGUAUAUCUAGCAGCAGGUACCUCGGCUCAACAGCUCGAUGCGACUUUCAGCACCAAUGCAUCACUGGAGAUCUUUGAAUUGGAUCUGGCUGAGCCCACGUUGGCCAUGAAAUCAUGUGGUUCUUUCUCCUCUCCGCACAGAUACCACAAGCUUGUGUGGGGCGCUCAUGGCAUUGAAUCCGAGGGUUUGCCAUCAGGAGUUCUCAUUGCUGGAGGGGAGAAUGGAAACAUCAUCCUCUAUGAUGCCUCUAAAAUCAUCGCUGGUGACAGUGAAGUGAUCAUUUCACAGAGCGAGAAACACACAGGGCCAGUCAGAGCUCUUGACUUGAACUCAUUUCAGACAAACCUUGUGGCAUCUGGAGGAAAUGAGUCAGAAAUUUACAUUUGGGAUUUGAACAGCUUCAGCUCCCCGAUGACACCAGGACCCAAAACACAGCCUCUAGAGGACAUCAGCUGUGUUGCAUGGAACAGACAGGUGCAGCACAUCUUGGCCUCGGCCAGUCCCAGCGGAAAAGCCUCAGUGUGGGAUCUGAGAAAAAACGACCUAAUCAUCAAAGUCAGCGAUCAUAGCAACAGGAUGCAUUGUUCUGGUCUGGCCUGGAACCCAGAGGUGGCCACUCAGUUGGUUCUGGCUUCUGAAGAUGACCGAAUGCCCGUCAUCCAAAUGUGGGACCUGCGCUUUGCCACCUCUCCUCUCAAAGUGCUGGAGAACCACACAAGAGGUGUGCUGGCCAUAGCGUGGAGUGUAGCAGAUCCAGAGCUGCUCUUGAGCUGUGGGAAAGAUAACAGAAUACUGUGCUGGAACCCAAACACAGCUGAGGUCCUGUAUGAGCUGCCCACCAGUGCUCAGUGGUGUUUCGAUAUCCAGUGGUGCCCAAGAAAUCCAGCUGUGCUUUCUGCUGCGGCCUUUGAUGGACACAUCAGUAUCUAUUCCAUUAUGGGAGGAAGCAAUGAUAACGCAAUUAAUGCCCAGGCUGAUCAGUUAAGUAGCUCAUUUGGAAAUAUGGAUCCUUUUGGCAUGGGGAAGACACUACCUCCAUUGCAACUGCCUCAACACACUACCACCCAAAGUACCAUCACACCUCUGAAGAAACCCCCCAAAUGGAUUCGUAGACCAGUCGGAGCAUCUUUUGCUUUUGGCGGAAAACUAGUCACUUUGGACAACAUCAAGUCAACGGCCCAGCAGCCCCAGCAAACCGCCGCCCAUGUUGUUCACAUUAGUCAGGUUGUGACUGAAACGGAUUUCCUGGAUCGCUCAAACCAACUUCAGACUACCCUCACUGCAGGAAACUUUCUGGAGUACUGCCAGACAAAGGUUGAAGCUGCUCAGAAUGAGUUUGAGAAAACUGUGUGGUCUUUUCUGAAGGUCAACUUUGAAGAUGAUGCACGAGGGAAAUAUUUGGAACUGUUGGGGUACAAGGAGGAGGAAUUGGCCAUAAAGAUUGCAUCAGCAUUAGAAGGAGACUGCAAAUCUGAUGAGGCCAAUGUGUAUUCCUCAAACUCUACUCUGGUAACCAAGCAUCACCUCACACCAGCCCCUGUCCUUGGGUCAGACACUAAUCCUAUUGUUAAACCUGAAAUGGUACCUGAAGUUCAACCUAAACCUAUUGCUGUGGUGGCUGCCACUCAGUCUGAACUUGGUUUUGAACCUGAACGUCCUCCAACCUUCGAGCUUCAGUCUUUGAACAAAUCUUUGUUUAAGCCCACACUUGCCCCUAGUGCAGAACCUAAGCUUGAGGUGAAACCUGAGUCAGAACCCUUAGUUGACUUUAUCUCACCAAUUGAUCUCACCACCUCCUUUGACCUGACACCUCUAGUUGAUCUCACCUCCUCCUUGGAUAAGACCUCUCCAUUUGAUCUAGACUCCUCCUUGGACCAGACAUCUCAGGUUGAACCCACAACCUCCAAUGACCAGACACCUCUGGUAGAUCCCACCACCUCCUUUGACCAGACACCUCUGGAAGAUCCCACCACUUCCUUUGACCAGACACCUCCUGUUGAUCCCACCACCUCCUUUGACCAGACACCUCCGGUUGAUCCCACCACCUCCUUUGACCAGACACCUCUGGUAGAUCCCACCACCUCCUUUGACCAGACACCUCUGGUAGAUCCCACCACCUCCUUUGACCAGACACCUCUGGUAGAUCCCACCACCUCCUUUGACCAGACACCUCUGGUAGAUCCCACCACCUCCUUUGACCAGACACCUCUGGUAGAUCCCACCACCUCCUUUGACCAGACACCUCUGGUUGAUCCCACCACCUCCUUUGACCAGACACCUCUGGUUGAUCCCACCACCUCCUUUGACCAGACACCUCCGGCUGAUCUCACCUCCUCCUUUGAACAGACACCUUCAAUUGACUUUGUUUCCUCUUUUAACAUGACACUACAGGUUGAUCUGCCUUCUGGACAUCAGCCUGUGCCUCCAACUGAUCACCAACAGUCAGUGUAUGAUCUGGAAAAUUCAAACUUACAAUUACCUCCCACUGCAAUGGUGACAACAGAGUCUCUUCCAUCAUUUGCACCACCAGUUCUCCUUCAAUCUUCUGUGCUAGCAGAUCAUCAACCAUCUGGAACAGCAUUGACUCCACAAUUUGAAACUCAUCUGUCUGUUUUAGCUCCUCUACUUGAAUUGGAAGAAUCAGUUCCAUUUCUAACUUCACCUGCUGAUUUGCAGUAUCCUGUAUCAGUACAAACAUCUUUUGUUGAUCUACAACAACCAGCACCUAAUGCAGUGCAACCAUUUGACCCUCAACCAGUAUCAAGGGCUGCUCUUGUCCCUUCACCAGACAUCGUACUUCAAGAGGCCAUGUCUAUGAAAGCUUCCCCAAUUUACCCCCAACAACCUGCACAAGAAUCUGACCUGAUGGUACCACACCAUGUUUCUGAGACUGAUCGUGUGAAUGCCGGUGAUUGUCAGCCAAGACAACAGAUCCAAGAGUUUUCUGGUGAUGCUGUCCCAAAAGAAACCAGGGUUAAAAUGGAGACUGCAUUGGAGGAGGUUGAGGAGAAUAGCCCUGCAGAUGAACAAGCAGAACUGUCAGCAGCAGAGAUGUCUGACCUAGAUGAGAUUCCUGUUGAUGAUGACGACGACGAACCUGUUGUUGAGGAGACGUCCAUCACUGAAGAUUCUCCAUCUCCUUCCUCAGACCAUGUUACUGCCCCAGCCUUGGAUGUUGUUAACCUUAAAGUCAGCCAGGAUAUUGAUGGACUGAUCACUCAAGCACUGCUCACUGGGGAUUAUGAAGCUGCUGUCAAUCUCUGCCUCCAUGACAACCGAAUGGCGGAUGGCAUCAUUCUGGCUAUUGCAGGUGGUCCAGAGCUUCUGGCGAAGACUCAGAAGAAAUACUUCACCACAACGCAGAGUAAAAUAUCCAAGCUCAUUUGUGCAGUGUUAACGAAAGACUGGUUGGAAAUUUUGGAGACGUGUGACCUUCAGAAUUGGAAGGAAGCUUUAGCUGCAGUCAUGACCUAUGCCAAACCAGAGGAGUUCUCCUCUCUCUGCGGUCUGCUGGGCUCCAGGCUGGAAUCUGCUGAAGAUACUGAACUGCAGGCGCAGGCAUGUCUCUGUUACAUCUGCGCAGGCGCAGUAGAGCAGCUGGUCGCAUAUUGGGCUAAAGCUCAGGACUCUAACAGCCCACUUUUACUGCAGGAGCUGGUGGAGAAGGUAGUGGUCCUGCAGAGAGCUGUCCAGAAGGCUCAGUGUGGUGUUUCUCCUGAUGUGGGCACACUGCUGGCAGAGAAGAUGAAUCAAUAUGCCAGUCUUCUGGCAUCACAGGGCAACUUACAGACUGCCAUAUCUUACCUGCCCAGCAACACUGAACAGGUUGCUGUGCAGCAGUUGCGAGAUCGUCUGCGCAGAGCUUUGGGUCAGGAGCUGUCUACAGCUGUAAUACAGAACACACAACCAGCGAUUCCAGCUGCAGCAUCAGUGCAAACAUACACACCGGUCCAACCUCAACCUCCACAGGUCCCCACACAGUCCACUACUCCUGCUGUACCCCCUCAGUAUUACCAACAGGGUAGAUCUGCCACUACUGUCACGUCCUGGAGUAACCAAACCCCAACAGCUCUGCCCAGUGUUCCUCACCCAUUUGUGCCCACUGCUGACCCACAGGCCGAACCAACACCUCCAGCCUUUGGUCUUCAGUCUACAGUGAAUGCGAGUGUACCUUCCUCUACUCCAUUCAUGUACUCCCAGCAGUACCAGAACUACCCUCCUGUUCAGCAGUUCACACCAGCUCUCUAUCAACCUGUCCAGUACUCUUCCUCUGCGGCUUCUUGUCUUCCUCCUCCACCUUCCUCCUCUGCCGCUUCCGUCUAUCCUCCACAGUUCAUGCACCCUGCUGUCUCUCAGCCUCCUCCUCAGGGAGGUCAGCCUUUCUCUCCUCCUCCUCCCUCUGGAGUGUCUUUCCAGCAUGGUGGGCCGGGCUCGCCCACAGCCUAUCUUCCUCCUGCAGUGCGCAGAGCUUCAGGUACUGAGAUUGAUCCUGCCCUGAUCCCAGCCUCACAGAGAACAGGAGGAUUAAACCAAGACACAGCCUGGUCUUUGGAAGGACCCCAAAACGGAUGGAAUGACCCCCCCAGUCUUAACAGAGUACACAAGAAGAAGAAGAUUCCAGAAAACUACACUCCGCCAGCCCCCAUCACAGCACCCAUAAUGACACCUCUAGGGGACCCUCAGUCCCUGGCGGCCCCUGGUACACAGACCCAUCACCCUCAACAUCAGGUCCCAGAUCAGUCUGUGGCCCCCACCCACUUUAAUCCCAGCCAUCAGCAGUCACUGGGGCCACCAACCCAAAAUCCCCACCUGCCUCAGGUGCAUAUGGAAGGUGCGCCUGGAGCACCGAUUGGAGACUUCAUUAAGCCACUUCAGUCCAUACCCACUGAGAAGAUCACUAAGAAGCCAAUCCCUGAGGAGCACAUGGUUCUGAAGACCACAUUUGAGGGACUGAUCCAGAAGUGUUUGGCUGCAGCCUCAGACCCGCAAACAAAGAGGAAGUUGGAUGAUGCACAUAAGAGGCUUGAGUUCCUCUAUGAUAAGCUAAGAGAACAAACUCUUUCUCCAGCUAUUGUAGGUGGUCUUCAUAAUAUGGCCCACAGCAUUGAGUGCCGCUCCUACACCGACGGACUCAACAUCCACACGCACAUCGUUAGCAACAGCAACUUCAGCGAGACCUCAGCCUUCAUGCCAGUCCUGAAAGUGGUGCUAACGCAGGCCAGCAAACUGGGGGUUUGAUAUCCAGAAAAGCCUCAAAUGCACACACACACACACACACACACACACACACACACACACACACACACACACACACAAAC